GUUGCUGCGCUACAGGCUCACAGGUGGCUCUGCCGUGGAUGUGGGCGCCCCAGGCCCCGCUAGGAGUUAGACAACUCUCUCUGCUCCGGGGCGCGGAUUUGGAGCCCCCGCCACUCCUACCCUUGCUUUUGGCUUGGGAUGGGGAGCGCGGGGAAAGGCCUGCCGUCGGGGGAGACGCGUAGAGGGGCGCUUCCCUUCCCCAGUCACCUACAAACGACUCAGGGGGAUGCGGGCCAACCGCCUCACCAAAUGCAACCCAGCUCUAAGCUCACAGCAUAAAUGAUGAAAGUUGCCUGUGAAGCAUAAGAAUCCCUGAUUGUGAAAGUGCCCCACAAGCAUCGUUAACUAUAAAGUAAGGAAAAGUAUGAAAGAACCAUCUGGUUGAGUCUAAAGUUGGAAGAUCACCAUAUCCACCAGAAGACCCAGGAUGGAUCUGCACCAAAGCACCACCAUCACUUUCCUAGAGAAAUGGUGUUUGGAUGAGUCACUGUCUGGCUGCAGAAGACAUUAUCAUGUCAAGAAAAAACUGAAGUUAAUUCGAAUCUUAGGCCUUUUCAUGGGUCUGGUAGCCAUUAGCACUGUCUCAUUUUCAAUCAGUGCCUUUUCUGAGACAGACACACAGAGCACAGGAGAGGCCAGUGUUGUAAGUGGCCCUAGGGUAGCACAGGGUUACCGUCAGAGAACUCUCUUAGAUUUAAAUGACAAGAUUCAGGAUUAUACUCCACAGCCACCUAUUCCUAAGGAAGGUGAGUCUGAGAAUAGUACAGAUCAUGCCCAAGGAGACUACCCGAAAGACAUCUUUUCCCUUGAGGAGAGAAGAAAAGGUGCAAUCAUUCUGCAUGUCAUUGGAAUGAUCUACAUGUUCAUAGCCUUAGCCAUUGUCUGUGAUGAGUUCUUUGUUCCUUCUUUGACUGUCAUCACUGAAAAACUGGGCAUCUCUGAUGAUGUGGCUGGAGCCACCUUUAUGGCUGCAGGGGGGUCAGCCCCAGAACUUUUCACAUCUCUCAUAGGGGUAUUUAUCGCUCACAGCAACGUUGGCAUAGGCACAAUUGUAGGUUCAGCAGUAUUCAACAUCCUCUUUGUUAUUGGCAUGUGUGCUCUGUUUUCUAGAGAAAUCUUAAACCUGACAUGGUGGCCGCUCUUUCGAGAUGUGUCUUUCUACAUUGUUGACUUGAUCAUGCUGAUCAUAUUUUUCCUGGAUAAUGUCAUCAUGUGGUGGGAAAGCUUGCUUCUCUUAACAGCUUAUUUUUGCUAUGUGGUUUUCAUGAAAUUCAACGUCCAAGUAGAAAAAUGGGUGAAGCAAAUGAUAAACCGCAAUAAGGUCGUCAAGGUGACAGCACCAGAAGCCCAAGCAAAGCCAUCUGCAGCCAGAGACAAGGAUGAACCGACUCUACCGGCUAAGCCGCGUCUCCAGCGAGGUGGAAGCUCUGCCUCCCUCCACAACAGUCUCAUGAGGAAUAGCAUCUUCCAGCUCAUGAUACACACCCUUGACCCACUCGCCGAAGAACUUGGAUCAUAUGGAAAACUAAAAUAUUAUGACACAAUGACUGAAGAAGGGAGGUUCAGAGAAAAGGCUUCAAUUCUCCACAAGAUCGCCAAGAAGAAAUGUCAUGUGGAUGAGAACGAGCGGCAGAAUGGGGCUGCCAACCACGUGGAAAAAAUUGAGCUUCCAACCAGCAACAGCACAGAUGUUGAAAUGACACCAUCCAGUGAUGCUUCAGAACCUGUACAAAAUGGAAAUCUCUCCCACAACAUUGAAGGUGCAGAAGCCCAGACCACAGAGACAGCUGAUGAUGAGGAGGACCAGCCUCUUAGCCUUUCCUGGCCUUCUGAAACCCGCAAGCAAGUCACAUUUCUGAUCGUUUUCCCCAUAGUGUUUCCUCUCUGGAUUACCUUACCUGAUGUUCGCAAACCUUCAUCAAGGAAGUUUUUUCCCAUCACGUUCUUUGGCUCCAUUACCUGGAUUGCAGUAUUCUCUUACUUGAUGGUCUGGUGGGCCCACCAGGUUGGAGAGACAAUCGGCAUCAGUGAAGAGAUUAUGGGCCUGACCAUCUUGGCUGCUGGGACCUCCAUCCCUGAUCUUAUCACCAGUGUCAUAGUGGCCCGGAAGGGGUUAGGGGACAUGGCUGUGUCCAGCUCUGUUGGAAGCAACAUUUUUGACAUCACUGUAGGGCUCCCACUGCCCUGGCUCCUGUACACGGUCAUUCACAGAUUCCAGCCAGUGGCUGUCAGCAGCAAUGGCCUCUUCUGUGCCAUCGUCCUUCUCUUCAUCAUGCUGCUCUUCGUCAUCCUCUCCAUUGCCCUCUGCAAGUGGCGAAUGAACAAAAUCCUGGGCUUCAUCAUGUUUGGCCUCUACUUUGUGUUCCUGGUGGUGAGCGUUCUCCUGGAAGACAGAAUUCUUACAUGCCCUGUCUCCAUCUAGUAGGAAAAGCCAUAUCUUGCACCAGCAGCGUGAAUGAUCCCUCCCCACUCUCGGCUCUGGGCUCCUUGACCUCUUGAGAAGAGGCAGCUGGCACACAGCCCUGGGUACCAAGUGUCCCUCCUUGAUGGAUUUGAGGAGAGAUGGAUUCACACUGGACCCAUUCACUUCACAGGCUGCUUCCACCUUGCCUACUCAAAUGACUUCAUGUAAGAGACAAAGAGAACCGUCAAUAUGGGGCUUCUCCCUAUUCACCACUGACAGGUACUCCUCGCUGGUCGGAGGUACAUUCGAUGCAAACAACGACAGAGGCUAUAUAUAUACACCUAUAAAUAUACAUAUUAUAAAUAUACGCACAUGAACACACAAAUCCUGCCUGUUCCUGUACUAUACCUCUCCUUCCAUACCUAUAGAUUAGUACAUACCUGUAAAUAAAUAGAAAAAUUUUAUAUAUAUAUAUAAUCAUAUAUAUAUAAAAGUACAAAUGCAUCUUUUUCAGGGAUAGCUCUAGUAUAUUUAUAGUACUUAUUUGAAGAGGGGCAUCAACCUGCAGUCUGGACUUUACCUCUUAAGUGCAAGAGGAGAACUAAUGGAACCAGUAGACAAAGGUAGCAUUGCUGUGACCUUCAGCCUGCCUUGGACUUACUGGGAUCCUGCCUAGUAAGGUAGAUGGUUCAGGGAAAUAGUUUGCAGGGAGGAGGGCUUAGUGGAGAAGGUCUGUAGGGCCCUGAAUUGAGCCUUCCAAAACAUUCCCACAAGCCAAACAGGGAGACCAUCUGCCCACCUCCAACUGAGUACCCUGACCAAGAAAGUCAGGGUACUUAGGACAGACAGAGGUUAAAAACCUAGGCUGGGUGGACAUUGGUUUGGGGAAGCAGGGAGGUAACCAGGGUUGGGCUUUUUGUUUUGUUUUGUUCUUAUAUUGUCCCAGCAUGCAAGUAGAAAAUAUGACUACAAACCAAAUUAGUGCUUUUUCUAGGACAGCAAGACUAUAUAAACUCAACCUGUAUUUUUCCAGUGCAUGUCCCAUCAUCAUCAAAAGAAGGGGGGUAAGUUUAGCUGUGAUUGUCAUUUAGAUAUAUUUUGAUGCUAAGGGCUGCCAAGAGAGCCUAGAUGUGUGAUAAGAAACCAUCCAGUAAAGGUGCUUAGUGGGCCUUGCCACCUAAUGGGAUGAAAGGGCAUAGUUCUUUAAAACGUUUUCCAAUGUAGUCAUAAAGGGCUUUAGUGUCUGAAGAAAUCAUUAUUCCCAAUAGCACUAAAUUAACUCUGAUCAGCACUGCUUGGGUUGAGACAGAUUAGAGAUGCUUGGAAAGGCAUUUACACACUCAGUGCACCCCAGGAAGGUUUCCAAGUGCUAGGUCGAGUUGUACCAGGACCAGACUUUGGUUCAAGUUCUUGUAACAUCUAUGUCUCUUCUUCCAUCAGGACCUUAUCUGGGAUUCUGUCUAGGUUUUAGAGUACACUGUAUUUGACAGCUUCCUUACACUGGUUUCAAGCUAAUCCUCUAACAAUUUGAUUUCUUGAUUUUGCUCAACAUUACAUGGAAUAUUUUAAUUUCAUGCAUUCAAUGCCCCCAAGUUCUGCAUGACACCUUGUGUGACUUCUCAGAUCUAUGUCAGUAGAAAAUAAAGCCAGCAAGGUGGAAAAAAUAGGCAAACUAAAUCAGUGGAAAACUAUAUAGAGCACUUUUCAUUUCUCCAAGUCAUGCUUUCUUUAAAAUCAGUUGAAAAAUUGAAUCAAGGAUGGUUCAUUAUUCUGUACCCAUCCUAUGUCUUAAGUCGGUACAUACAGCAUAUGGGAAAUUUCACCGUAUGUGUUCCUAUCUCCAAUCUAUUCUCUCAUUGACGCCUGCUAUGAUUUUCUUGUGACCACAUACCUCUUAACAUAGGAAGAUAGGAUGCAGAACUCACAGCCGAAUAAGAGGAAAGGUAACCUGACAGCCCCAGAUCAAGCUCAGUAUUCCUUCCAGAAAACCCCAGCUCACCCCACAGAGCAUGGCAAUAACAGGAAAUGCCCAUCACUGCUCUUCACCCAGAAGCAGAAAGCACUUCAAACCCGAGGCCCCCUGGGAAAACAAGAAAUCAAGAUGGCUGCCAGUCGGAGGCUGGUUUUCACGUCUCUCCAACUCGGCAGAGCGGGGCCUUCAGAUGUGUGUCAGUGCCUGCCAAGCUAUUGAAACACCAUCCAAUAGAGGCACUCAGUGGAACCUGCCACCUAAUGGGAGUGAAUCGCAUUCAUCAAGGUCAGGACUUCGUACUGGGGCAAGAAUUUGUGCUGCUUCCUUUGAGUGAAAGAAUGAGGAAGUGAACUUUAACGUUAAAAAACUCCAGUUGUUUUCCCUGUAUAUUUUCUGAAGGGCAGCGAAGUUGGUUAUUGUGUGAAUUUUAUAUUAUUGACCGGUGUGUUGUUUGAAACAAGGUUUAAAUAGGUGACUGACUCAACUGCAAACAGAUUAUGUAAAACAAAAGUUGAAGGA